UUCAUCUUCAUAGUAAUACUAAUACUAAUAAUGGGUUUUUCUCUAAACCCAAACGCCGAUCCCUUUUUUUAUACGGCGCCCUUCUCAUCACCGCCGAUGAAGCUACAGUGUAGCCCUAUCCCCAGGCUCAUCUUGGGCCCGGUACCGUUGCAUGCUAAUUACUUGGUCCCCUACCUACACCAACACCAUCACCCCAUGUUCUCUGGAUUCUUCAACGGCAUCGUUCCCCCGCAGGUUGCUUUGUGUUCGCCCCGUUCCGAUGGUUUUUGCGGCGGCGGCGGCGGCGGCGGCUCUAUUUCUUAUUCUCAGCCACAACGCUGUGAGGGUGACAGAAAGAUGAAAUGGGUUCCGACCAAACUUCAUUUUGACGUUGCUGAUGAUAAUAAUAAUAGCGAUCAAGUCUUGCCUUUUCGAACUCAAACUACCACUCUCAUGAUCAAGAAUAUUCCCAAUCAAUUUAGGCAAAAUCAUUUAUUGAAUAUUCUGGACAAGCAUUGCAAGUGGAAGAACGCAAGUUAUGAAAAGAAGCAUAGUUUGGACAGCUGCCGUCGGUCGGAAUACGACUUUGUUUACUUGCCAAUGGACUUCCGGAAAUAUUGGUACGAUGGGCAAAUAUCAAAUCUUGGAUAUGCUUUUGUAAAUUUCACAAACCCUACAGCAGCUUCCGAGUUUCGUGAAGCCUUUCAUCGCCGACGAUGGGAUGUUGCAGUCAGCAAAAAAGUCUGCGAAAUUAAAAUUGCAAAACUUCAGGGUUUGAAGGCUCUGAAUAACGCUUUGAAGGACAAAAUCUUUUGGUGCCAUGCCGAUAGCUAUCUUCCAGUUAUGUUGGAGCCAUCAAGCGAUGGUUAUCGGAGAUAUCGAGCCAUGCCGGUCGGCAAGCGUAUGGAUCGACCACCACCUGGUUCAAAGAAGAAAUGAGGUCGAAUUAAUCAAGUGAAAUUACUACGUGUGGCAGAUGAUGAUGAGUAAUCAAUCGUAUAUGGUUUUCUUAGGGUUCAUUUUGAUUACUCAAUGUGGUGUAGUAGUGUGUAGUAUAAGAAUUACCUACCAAGUAAGUUUGUGAACGUAGUUCAUGGCUCUUUCUGUUAUGAUGAAACUUGUCCAUAUUUCUAUCAUAUAUCCGGAAAGAACUUGGGAUAUCGAUUUUAAUAUUUGCGGA